AUGAAGGCAGUAGUCAAAGAGACUCCGAAUUUGACUACACCAACAGAAGUAACAAGUAUUGGGCAUAGCAGUGAACAGCAGCAAGGCGAAGUUGUGCUACUACUUAAAUUGAGGAAAGAAGAAGAUAAUCCCAAACAACCAGUGGAAAUUUGGAAAAAAGUGGAAAGGAAGGAUGAAGGACGAAAUAACGCUGCUAAGACCAAAGCAACUGAUGAUAACCAACGGAAUCCAAUUGUGAGAAGAAAAGAUCAGUCCUCAAGUGAGAUGAGCACCGUCAACAGUAAUGGGCAGCCUCCAACUAGCUUUCAUGAGGAUGGAAACCUAGAGAAGAAAAAAGGGGUUCAGAGCGGUGAAGUUGAGAUCGUGGUAACUACUGUGGAGAGUUCUAUAAGCAUUGGAGCAAAGGAGGAUUAG